AUGAAUGCAAUGGGGAAAUGCCCGUCAAGGGGCUGCUCGCCCCAAAGCAUCCUGUUUAGAAGCAUCCCCAUAAGGAAGAACAACCACCCACUCAUUCACCACGUGAGGAAGUCCCCCUUCUACACGUCGGUGGCUGUCCACAGCUUUGACAUGAAAGCCAAUCAGCAGCUGCUCCUGAGCAAUGCCAUCCCAGUGAGCGAUGAAACGGCGCUGCUUAAGGGGUGCCUGAAUUUCAUGAGGAAUUUCGAGAGCUUUGCCGCCAUCUGUUGUGCUUGCAGCGACCCCAAGAAUAAGGUGCAGCUGAAGAAGGCCAUCUGGUUCUCCAGCAUCGGCAUCGAAAUGCGCGACUUCACCCACUACUGCUACGAAGGAGAUGAAGGGGCCCAAAAAGGAGAAGCCAAAAGAAUAUUUGAAGAACUUGUCAAGCUGGAGUGCCCCGUAGUGCUGAGAGAUUGCAACAGCGUCCGUGUGGAGCCCGAUGUAGCCCCCAAAAAAGUGGUCAACUCGGCCAAGAGGAUGAGAUACUUCUUCAACAUCUCGGAAGUUCACACGUGCCGAGGCUGCUACCAGAAGAACAGGUGCAAGCGCUUCCUGCAGAAAUACGCAGGCGAACCGGACUUCUCCGAUUUCACCCGAUUGAUGACCGGAUUUUACAACAUAAGCAGGGCCUACACGAGGCGAAGCGAAGCGGGCAGGUCGGAGCUCCGGCACGUUGUGGAAAAAGUGAACUACUUCCACUGCGCGCUCUUCUACGUGUACAGCUACCUCCUGAGGCACAGGCACUUUAACUAUAGCGCGGUGGAGGAAGGGAACAGGAGCGCCAUACUGGCCUACCUGAGGGAGAGGAGGCGAAACUUGCUGCUCCUGAAAAGUCAAAGGCAGCAGGAGAAGGUCAUGAACAUCCCCAGGGAGUACUCCGACGUGAUCGUCCCCACGGACAAGGCCAAGAUGAAGAAGAGGCAGAGGAGCGUCUUCGAGCGGCUCCAGCGGUUUCGGAGACGGUCCCAACUGGCAGAGGACGAAGAGAAGUUCAUUUGGGUGGAGGAGCAGGAGGAGGAGGACGUGCAAGAAAAGGACCCCCCAACCGAGGCGUACGACCAGCCACUCCACAGCGAAUCGAUGAGGACGAACGAGCUGAGGAACGAUUUGAAGGACUCUCUGAAGGACGUCGCGGAGGAGGAAAACAGCUUGGUCGAAAUAAAAGACAAGAACGACCCCCUGCCUUCCUUCCGUUUCCACUACAUGAUGAAGGAGGAGACAGCUGGCACAUCCAAGGAGCCUCUCAAUUGCAACAAAAUGUACAAUGAGUACUCCAGCCUACUCCAAAAAAGGGAGCGCAUCAACUUGGACGACCUGGACGUGAACGAGGAGAUAAUCAAGGCCGAGAGCCUUCUCUUCAAAAUCCCCGAGGCCGUCGGGGGAUACACCUUUAUAAACUACGUCGAGAGCCAGCCCAACAACUUCCUUUUCCCCAUUAAUGAAAACCUGUACAAGGGCAUCCAAGUGUACAAACGGGAGGAACUCAAUUUGGGCGACUUCUGGGCGAACGUCGAAAAUGAGCAGCUCAAAAUCAAAAGAGUUGGCUUCUACACCCCGUUCAACAUAAAGCAGAAUUUGGAGAUAGCGAUGCAGAAGAAGGGGGCCCUCCCCCGCAGGGCGGCUGCGCAGGAAAAGGACGAGGAAGUUACGGACCUAUCAGAUGACCUAUCGAGCUUCCAAGAGUACCUGAACGUCAGGAAAAGGGCAGAGGCGAAAAGGAGGAGGGGAGAGAGAAGGCGCAUGAAUUUGGAGGACCCUCCAUCCUACGGCGCUUCUUCCCCUGGGGAUGGUCCAAAGAAUGAUCACUUUGAAGAAGGCAACGAUGAGGAUGCCCGCUUCGCCUACUUUAAGAAACUGAGGAAGGAGCGACUCAACGGAGACGCGCACGAAGAGGUGAAGGAGCAGUUCGACAACUUGUACAACCGGACGUACGCCGCCGAGGGGGAACCGCGCGAGGCCUACCACCACACGCACCACAUAAGGAGGAGGCUGGCCGACGAGGAGAAAGGCGCGAGAGGGGUCACGCCGGAGGACAUCCAAGAGGAACGGAGGCGUCUCGUGCAGGCGGAUCGGAAGGAGCACAAGGAGCAGUCAUUUUACUUUUUCAAAAAUGUGAAGUUCCCCGAGCUGCCCUCGGAGUUAUCCGCAGAGGAGGGCCCCAACCGAGGAGACAAAAGGAGGAAGAAUCUAAAUGAUCAGCUUAAGAAGUACAUCCGCCCCCGUGCACAGGCAGAGAAACGGAACUCGAAGGUGCCGGAGCUGACCGAGGAAACGAUCGAGGCGCACUGUUCUUCCGCCAAGGGAUCUCGAAGCUUGGAAAUUAUGUUGAAGAAAAAAAGGAAGCAUUUCAAAGGGGGCGCAAACGUAGAAGAACAUUAG